AAUCUCAUCUCUCUUUUUGUCUCCAGUGCCAUGGAAACUGAGUUAAUGUCUAUUUUUAAUUUAACCUGAAUGGAUUCCUUAUGCUGGAAAGGUAGCUAAUAGAGACUGGGGUCCAUUUAACUAAUUUGGGAUUUUAUGUGGUGUCAACGCCUUUAGAAACCCAAUUUUAGGCACAAGUCAAAAAAAAUAUUUCUCAGAGUAAACCGUGGAACAAAAUGGCUAAAUUUUUUUCAGAAGGACAUCUUCAUCUAUCCCGCCAACUGGGUACCCUGGUUAAUUUUUCACUUUCUUUUUAUUCAGCUAAGAUUCUACUAUCUUAAGGUUGAUUCAAAAUAGAGGAAAUGUGUGGGAGCAUCUGAAUAGUGCAUCAGAGUAACAGUAGUUAAGCUAGCAUGGAUCUUGGUAGCCCUGAACAAGAUCCUGAAAUGAAGGAGGAAUAUUCUUCUGUCUGUGUUGGCAGAGAAGAUGACAUUAAGAAAUCUGAAAGGAUGACAGCUGUUGUCCAUGAUAGAGAAGUGGUCAUUUUCUACCACAAAGGAGAAUAUCAUGCUAUGGAUAUUCGCUGUUACCACUCAGGAGGACCUUUACAUUUGGGAGAAAUAGAGGAUUUUGAUGGACGACCGUGUAUAGUUUGCCCCUGGCAUAAAUUCAAAAUUACUUUGGCAACAGGAGAAGGACUAUAUCAGUCUAUAAACCCUAAAGACCCAUCAGCAAAACCCAAGUGGUGUUCCAAAGGAAUAAAGCAAAGGAUUCAUACAGUGACAGUGGACAAUGGGAAUAUUUAUGUGACUCUUUCUAAUGAACCUGUUAAGUAUGACUCAGAUUUUUAUGCCACUGGAAACUUCAAAGUAAUUAAGAGUCCUUCCUGAUAAAAUUAUAUGGCAAUGAAAAGUGUGUAUGUUUUAAAAAUAACCUUGCUUCAAUACCAAAGAUGAUUACUUUUUUCCAACAUAGGCACAUUACUUAUCUUUAAAAAUCAUACAGUUCUGAAAGAUUCAAAAGCAUAAGUACUGAGUAUGAAAUCUAUAAAAUGCAUAGGCCUGGUAUGUGCACUUAAAGAAGGAUGAAAGUAAUUUGAACUAAAAUGAAGAAAAGGUAUAAGAUAAGAUCUGUUAAGAAAAAUUGGGGUGGUCCUUGACGUAGCGGGUUUUAUUUAUCAUGGAAAAGUUGAAUAUAUGCAAAGUAAACAGAAUUAUAUAAUAAACUCAUAUCACCCAACUUCA